CCUCGGCCGAGGCAGUGCCGCCCCGGUCAGGACGAGCGUCUGACACGGAGGUAACGACCCGGGCUCUGUUAACAGCUGUGUGUAUAUCUGGUAUGCUGUGAGUGCUAGUAAAUUAGCCUAAAGUAUCUUUUUUCCUCCAACUUUGUGCAUAGCAAAAUGGCAAGUGUUGAGAAGUUUUCUUUUCAUGUGCCAAGCUUAGAAGAACUUGUUGGGGUUCUACAGAAUGGACUUAAAAAUAAUUUUGCUGAGGUCCAGGUCUCUGUAGUUGAUUGCCCUGAUCUGACUAAGGAACCAUAUACAUUUCCUGUUAAAGGAAUCUGUGGGAAACCUAGAAUUGCAGAAGUAGGUGGGGUUCCUUACCUCAUGCCUCUUGUGAACAAAAAAAAGGUUUAUGAUAUGAAUAUUGUUGCAAAGGAAAUUGAGCUGCCCGGGGCUUUCAUUCUUGGAGCAGGAGCAGCCCCGUUUCAGACUCUUGGAAUCAAUGCUGAGUUUAUGCCAAUUAUUCAGACUAAAAGUGAUCACAAGGCUGCUGUGAAUGGAAGCUAUUUUGCCCAGAUUAACCCUGUAGAUGGAGGGUGCCUGCUAGAGAAAUAUAGUAAGAAGUACAAUGACUUUGGAUUCGCAUUACUGGCCAAUCUGUUUGCCAGCGAAGGCCAGCCUGGCAAGGUUAUUGAAGUAAAAGCCAAAAGAAGAACUGGAAAGCAGAAUUUUGUGACUUGUAUGAGAGAAACUCUUGAAAAACAUUAUGGAGAUAAACCCAUAGGGAUGGGAGGCACAUUUGUUGUUCAGAAAGGAAAAAUAAAGGUUCAUAUCAUGCCCCCAGAAUUUUCAUCUUGCCCACUGACCUCUGAUGAGGAUGUGAAUAAUUGGUUACAUUUUUUUGAAAUGGAGGCUCCCUUGGUUUGUCAGCCUGUUUUCGUUUCUCGAGAUCCAGGGUUUGAUUUGCGAUUAGAGCAUACUCAUUGUUUUAGUCAUCAUGGAGAAGGCGGACACUAUCACUAUGACACCACUCCAGAUACAGUAGAGUAUCUUGGGUAUUUCCUACCUGCAGAGGUUCUCUAUCGGAUUGAUAAACCAAAGGAAACUCACACAUUUGGGCGAGAUUAAUUAAAUCAGGAAAUAUUUUGCCAGGGGAGGGGAGUAAAUUAUGCUUUAAAUUUACAAAUCUUUAAUCAAGUUUAUAGAUAGGUGUUGCUCUGCAAUGCAAUCCAACAAAAACUGAUCCAGAAGCAACUCCUUUCUCCUGUGCAGUGAAAGGAUAUGUUGAUCUCUUUUACUUUUACCAUUUGACCUCCAUUAAGUACUCUUCUGAGUAAAAUUAAAGGGAGUAAAGAUUUGUUGUUGGGAAAUUCAGUUAAUUUUCAUUGCUGCUACUAUAAUUAAUACAGUCAUAACUACAUGCUUAGAAUUUGUCUACAUCAGGAAUCUUAGGACUUUCUGUUGUCUAUGAAUGAAUUGAAUAUUGUGUAUCUCAAAAAUGUUUUCACAUCUGUUACGUCAUGUAAUUGUUUAUUAAAUUAAAUGUCUUUAAGUAUUAGAAACCAAGGCCCUCCAGCACUUAGUACAGUGCCUUGAAUAUAGUGGGUGCAUAGGAAAUGUUUGUUGAAUUGCAUUGAGG